AUGGCUACGCACAACCAGAAUGACGGUGAAAAUGCUGAACUAGCCAACUUGUCAAAGAGCGCCACCAUCAGCGUUUCCUUCAACAAAACAGGCACCGCUACAGGGCCACAGCGUUUUGAGGCCGUUGAGAAUUUCCGAGCCCAGCUUCUCAUCGUCUACAAACCUCCGACUGCCAUUGGAAUCCCCACUCAGCCGAAAUUCUCACCAAGUGCAUCCGACCCUCAGACAGCGGUGAUGACAGUUAGCUAUGACCCCAGCCUCACCGCUCUGACAUUCCUUCAAAGCACUGCCAACUUGGCCGCAGGCAAAGUUGAUUGGUAUGGUGCAAGCAAGCUUAUUAUCGUCUCAUAA